AUGGGAAACCGGGUCAUCCGGGUCGGGAACCGGACCAACCGGAUCAUCCGGGUGGGGAACCGGGUCGACCGGACCAUCCGCACGCGGAACCGGAUCAUCCGGGUCAUCCGGGUCGGGAACCGGAUCGACCGGACCAUCCGGAUGGGGAACCGGAUCAUCCGGAUCAUCCGGGUCGGGAACCGGAUCGACAGGACCAUCCGGGUGGAGAACCGGACUCAACCGUACCAUCCCCGUGGGGGACCGGACCCAACCGGACCAUCCGGGUGGGGUGCCGGGUCGGGAACCGGACCGACCGGACCAUCCGGGUGGGGAGCCGGAUCAACCGGGUCAUCCGGGUGGGGAACCGGAUCAACCGGGUCAUCCGGGUGGGGAACCGGAUCGACCGGGUGGGAAACCGGACCAACCGGACCGACCGGACCAUCCGGGUGGGGAACCGGACCCGGCCGGACCAUCCGGGUGGGGUACCGGGUCAGGAACCGGACUGGGAACCGGAUCAUCCGGGUCAUCCGGAUGGGGAACCGGAUCAUCCGGGUCAUCCGGGUGGAGAACCGGAUCAACCGGACCAUCCGGUUGGGGUACCGGGUGGGGAACCGGACCAACCGGACAGGGAACCGGACGGGAAGCCGGAUCAUCCGGGUCAUCCGUAUGGGGAAUUGGAUCGACCGGGUGAUCCGGGGUGGGGAACCGGAUCAGCCGGGCAAGCCCGAUGGGGAACCGGGUGGGGAAACGGACCAGCCGGGUAGGGUACCGGGCGAGGAACCGGACCAUCCGGGUCAUCCGGGUGGGGAUCCGGAUCGACCGGGUCAUCCGGGUGGGGAACCGGACCAACCGGACCAUCCGGGUGGGGAACCGGGUCGGGAACCGGAUCAGCCCGACCAUCCGGUUGGGGAGCCGGACCAAUCGGACCGUCCGGGUGGGGAGCCGAAUCGACGGGUGGGAAAUCGGACCAACCGGGUGGGGAACCGGACCAGCCGGACCAGCCGGACCAUCCGGGUGGGGAACCGGGUCGGGAACCGGAUCAACCCGACCACCCGGUUGGGGAGCCGGACCAAUCGGACCGUCCGGGUGGGGAGCCGAAUCGACCGGGUGGGAAAUCGGACCAACCGGGUGGGGAACCGGACCAACCGGACCAUCCGGGUGGGGAACCGGGUCGGGAACCGGAUCAACCCGACCAUCCGGUUGGGGAACCGGACCAAUCGGACCGUCCGGGUGGGGAGCCGAAUCGACCGGGUGGGAAAUCGGACCAACCGGGUGGGGAACCCGGUGCGGUUCCGGGUCGGGAGCCGGGUCAACCGGACCAUCCGGACGGGGAACCGGAUGAUCCGGGUGGUCCGGGUGGGGAAGCGGACCAACCGGACCAACCGGGUGCGUCGGGAACCGGAUCGACCGGGUCUAGGGUGGGGAACCGGACCAUCCGGGUGGGGAACCGGGUGGGGUACCGGGUCGGGGAACCGGAUCAGCCGGACCAUCCGGACGGGGAACCGGAUCAUCCGGGUGGUCCGGGUGGGGUGCCAAAUCGACCGUAGCGGGGAGUCGGACCAGCCGGACCAUCCGGGUGGGGUACCGGGUCGGGAACCGGAUCAACCGGACCAUCCGGACGGGGAACCGGAUCAUCCGGGAAGGGAACCGGAUCGACCGGGUCUAGGGUGGGGAACCGGACCAUCCGGGUCGGUCGGGUCGGAACCCGGAUCCGGAACCGGGUGUUGA